UUUAUUUUCCAUUGUUACAGCAUCCAUGCGCUCACGUCGCAUCAGUCAGUUUGCGCCACUGCUCAUCGCGCUGGUUGGUCUACCAGCUCGUGGCAAGAGCCAACUUGCACACAGACUCGCCAGACAUUUGAACUGGAAUGGAGAGAGUACUAAAGUGUUCGACUGCAGCGAGUACCGUCGUCGUCACAUGGCGUUGUAUGGCAGCCAUGACAUUUUCCGCGCUGACAACGCCCAGGGUUCCGCGAUCCGUCGCCAGAGCGCCCGCGAGGCUGUACAAGAUGCUGUUCUGUGGCUUAAAGAUGGAAACAGUGUCGCUAUCUUCGACGGCACCAACAUCACGAGGGAGCAACGCCGGGAACUGAGCGAGUACUGCCUUUCCGACAUGGGCUUCAGGAUCCUCUUCAUCGAAUGCGUAUGCGAGGACCAGGAACUGCUUGAGAGGAACAUCAUUGAGAUUCUCCAUUACUCUGCUGACUACAAGUCCAUGAGUGAAGAAGAAGCAGUAGAUGACUUGAGGAAGAAAUUGGAGCAUUACAUGAGGCAGUAUGAGCCCAUUGAUGCAGAGUUGGAGACGAUCAGUUUUGUUCGCGUGGAGAAUGUUGGGGAGACGGUGACAGCUCACAGGGUUGCUGGACAGAAGGAGUCUGGUAUCCUGGGAUACUUGUCUGGAAUGAGGGGCUUACCGCAGACCUUAUACUUUACAAGGCAUGGAGAGAGCGAGUACAACGUGUUGGGUCGUAUCGGAGGCGAUGCGUCCUUGUCGCCUCGCGGUCUUCUCUACGCUCAAGCAUUGGCUGACCAUAUGAACGCUCUGCCGUGCCGUGAUCACAUGACUGUGUGGACUUCCGAGAGAUGGCGCACCAAGCAGACCGCGGCCCACAUUAGAGCUCCAAAAAGAGUCGUCAGGGCACUCAACGAGUUGGAUGCUGGUAUCUGCGAAGGUUUGACCUACGAAGAGAUGCAGGAGCGUUUCCCUCAGGAGUUUGCUUGGCGUGAUCAGGACAAGCUUCGGUACCGCUACCCUUGGGGUGAAUCAUACAUUGACAUUAUGACGCGUCUCCGACCAGCUCUGUCUGCGUUGGAAGAUGAGCACAAUGUUGUUGUAGUUGGACAUCAAGCAGUGCUGCGAUGCAUGCUUGGAUAUUUCCUGGACGCUAAGCUUGAUGAGCUACCGUACAUGAACGUCCCACUCCACACGAUCGUGAAGCUGACGUCUUACGGAUACAAGUACAAGGUGGAGAUGAUCAAGCUGCCUGUGGACUGCGUCGAUACUCACCGCCAGCAGCCCAAGAACUGCUCAAUAAACAGGACAACGGCCGAUGCGUUGGUCACGGUCCCGUCCCACUACGAUACUCUCCCGUCGAACCUUUGGCAAAACCCCACUGAGGCGCAACUUUAGGCGCCACGCCAGGGCUGGCGAUUAUCGCCGCCCUUUCCUACCGUAGCAGCAUUACUUGGGCACUAAAGCCCCCGGACCAAAGGUCUAACAGUCCACGGACUUGAAAAACCCUGGACUAGGAGAGCACGCCACGCCAAGAUGUUUCGGGAGUCAUCUAGCGAUCUCUAAAAUGAAAGACUGGUGUGAGUGACCCUUCACCGAUGUUUGAAUUUAUACGUAUGCACGCCGUACAAUAGCCAAUCAUAAUUUUAAGUGUAGACUAAUUCAAUUCUUUUUUAUUUUUUAACCAGUGUUGCCAGACACGUCAUUCGAUCUGUUAAGCUCAAUUGAAUUCGUACAAAAUAAAAUUAUUUUAACAAUAGUGAUGAAGCACGCUGUGUGAAUCUUCCAACGUUAUAUUAUAAGACUGAAAGUGUGGAACCCUUGAAAAAUCACUUCAUCAUAAGUUACAUAAUAGAUAAUUAUGUUGUUUUUUUUAUUUUAAAAGUAGGUACGAAAUAGCUCCUGUUAUUUUUAAUGUUGCCCCUUUAUUCAUAAGCUUAGCGCGCAAGAUUAAGCUUUGUAGCCCACACAUAUCUCUCUCACUCAUAUUCUACCGACUAGAAUGAGACAGCAGUUAGUUGCGUGGACUUGUAGUUUAUGAAUAAAGGUAUUAGUACUAAACUUAAGUAGAACGUAAUAGUAUCCAAGCUAUUUGGAGCUUAUUUAGACGAUUAGUUUCAUUAUCACUACGGACAUUCAGUUCCAAACUAUAUUCCUUAUCAUAGUUCUAAUUACGAUUAAGGAUGACCAUACGUCUAAAUAAUUAAGUUGUUUAAAUAUAAUUUCACUUAUCAUUGUGUGAUUUUCACUGAAUGUAAUCAACUGGUACAUAAGCCGGGAUUAUACCGCAAUCUUACAUUAUAUGCUAUCUUGCUUACUUAAGCGUAAUAUUAAUGGUGAAAGUAAUUAAGUAGUACCUACUUUAAUAUUUUAUGUAGAAGAAAAGUACUUAGCGGGAUAGAUAAUGUUGUAACUACUUGUAAUUGUAAGCCUGCGGGCGUAUCAGUAGGAUAACAUUAGUAUUACGGUGUGUCAAUUAUUGGACUGACCAGUACAGAAUGUAACAGUCUAUUUGUAAACGUAUGUCUUGGGAUAUAUAGGAGUUUCAUUGUCUUCUUUGCAUGUCUUAUUUUUUAUAAUAUAAUUAAAUAUACACUUAAUGAAAUAUA